AUGAAAUGUCAAAUUCCGCAAAUUUCUUGGCACAGUAGAGAUCCAGUCUUAAGCAUAGAUUUUCAGCCAAUUGAUGGAAAUUCAUUUCGUCUAGCAAGUGGAGGUACCGAUUGUCACGUAUUGAUAUGGUUUGUCACCUAUAACGAAAAUAAAACAAUCAAAGUAGAGUGUGCAUCAGAUCUAUAUCGUCAUAAUAAAUCAGUAAAUGUCGUUCGAUUUUCUCCUAAUGGCGAGUUACUAGCUUCCGGUGAUGAUGAAGGUGCUAUGUUUGUGUGGCAGUUAAAAGAGCGUGAACAAUCAGAAACUUCAAAAGAUGAAGAAAUUGUCAACAAAGAAGACUGGUACCCUCUGAAGCUGCUCCGAGGGCAUUUAGAAGACAUAUAUGAUCUGUCCUGGUCUUCGGAUGGUAAUUACAUGGUGUCGGCUUCCAUGGACAACUCUGCUAUCAUUUGGGAUAUGCAAAAAUAUCAGAAGCUUCACAUGCUGCCCGACUGCAAAGGCUAUGUCCAAGGUGUUGCUUGGGAUCCUAAAAACCAGUUUAUUGCAUCAAUUGGAUCAGAUAGAUCAUUAAGGAUUUAUAAUAUCAACUACAAGAAAACUGUUUACAAAGUACAGAAAGCUCCUUGGCAUGUUUCAACUGAAAAAGGCAACUUUAAAGCCAGGCUAUUCUACGAUGACACACUUAAAUCUUAUUUUAGAAGGUUAUGCUUUACUCCUGAUGGCGAACUUUUAAUUGUCCCAUCAGGAAUUGUUGAUAAAGGUGAUAAAUGUACUAAUACAACUUAUGUAUUCUCUAGGCAUAUCUUCAACAAACCUGCCUUCCAUCUACCAUCUGGGGAUAAAUAUACGGUUGCAGUUCGCUGUAACCCUUUCUUGUAUAAAUUGCGUCAUGAAAAAUCUGAAAACAAAGAAAAUAAACCAAUGAUUGAUUUGCCAUACAGGAUGGUGUUUGCUGUAGCUGCAUGCGACUCAAUUUUACUGUAUGACACUGAACAACUGCCUCCAUUUGCUUUUGUAUCUAACAUUCAUUAUACACAUUUGACUGAUAUGACUUGGUCACCAGAUGGUUUGACACUUGUUGCUUCAUCAACCGAUGGAUAUUGUUCUUUCUUAAUAUUCACUCCAGAAGAAUUGGGAGAAAAAUAUGUGCCACCAGUAGUUCCUGUUGUUGUAGAAAGUGCCAAGGAAGAUAAGCCUCUUUUAAUAGAAGAUCCCAAAAGUAAAAAAGAUGCACCCCCAUGCAAAGAAAAGAUGGAAACUGAUAAUGUCAGUUUAAAAGAUAAUGCGAAAGAUUCUACAGUUAAAGAUAAUUUAGAAGCUGCAUGUAAUACUCCUAAGCAUAAGGAGCAAUCUUCUGUAGAAGUCAUCUCUGUAAAUAUUCUGAACCCUAAAGAUAAAGCGUCACCAAAAGUUACAACAGUGACUCCAAAAUCUGGAAAGAAAACACCAAAAAUGUGUACAAUUAAAAGCUUUUUCAUGUCACCAAAAGAUAGACCAAUCAUCAAGAAAAGUGGUGAUGUUGCUGAAAAAAAUAAACUUGAAGCUUCAAAUGUAACUGUUUGUGAUGAAGAUAAUUCAAAUAAAAUAAGUGAACAUUCAUCAAAACAGCAAGGAGUUCUUUCAGAAAAAAAAUAUUUAGAUAAAACUGUACCAAAAAUAGAGGUUUCAAAAGGAGAUGGAACUAAAAUGGAAACUGAGGAGGACAAUUCUAAUUCAGUAGAAAUUAUUUGUUUAGAAUCAAACUCGGAAAAACAAUCGACUAAAAGCACACCUAAAUGCAAGCUUCAGUUAAACUUCUCUGACCAUUCAAAAGACUUCAAAACUGAAGAGAUUGUUUCAGCAAAAAAAGAAUUCCAAACUGAAUGCAGUGAGGAUGCCGUUUCUUCCUUUAAUGAUCUGGAAAAGGAAGAUAGUGCAAACAUUGAAAUGCAAGAAAAUGAUUGGAAAUUAGAGCUGUCUCAAGAUGAAGAAAUUCCCAUGGAUGUCGAUCCACAGGUGCAUGCGACUAGCAAUCCUAAGUCUGAAAAUGUGACUUCCAGUCUUAAACCUGAAAAUGUGACUUGCAGUCCUAAACCUGAAAAGAUCGACAGCCAAAAGCAGCCUUCUCCAACAAAAAUUACACCAAAACGUAGAAUACCUUUAAUUACACUGACAAAAAAAAUUACUACAACUCAAUGA